GGUUAUCAAUGACUCCAGGGGUUGAAAUUCCUCUGUAGCGCCACUUUUUAUGUGCAUAGGUAUUUUAUUGACCCUGUGACCUCCCAUGCUUUCACAAGAUGUUUUUACCUGCUGGACGGUCAUUCAUGAUAAUACUGUUGACACUGAUAUGCCUCGCCUAUGGUUCCCAGACUACUCAUCCUACCGCAUCAGCAACAUCUUUGUCCAGUCUGAUUCCAGGCUGUGCGGCAGACUGCGUCGAACAAUUCAUAUCCUCUGAUUACCCAAAAGAUGCAUGCUCGGAGGCGGAUCUCGACUGUCUUUGUCGGACGAAUACCACAAGCGGCUAUACACUUGGCGAAGCGGCAUUUCGCUGUAGCCUAUCCUUAUGUUCUAUGAAAACAGUCUUCAGCUCCGACUUGUACGACAUUUGCGACUCGGUACCUGGAGCUUUGCCACGGACACAUGCUACGAUCACCGCCACUGUAAUGCCAACGGGAUCAAGCCCCACGCAAAAGACUGCAACAACGACGACAGCAACGGUGCCAUCUACCUCCAGCUCCAGCUCGGCCUCCGACACUGGUUCGAGCUCUAGCUCUAGUACGUUCCCACAAUCGACAAGUUUUAGUACGGAGCAUACCUCAGUAACUACUGAGACCUUCCGAAGUCCGUUGACGGUUCCUACUUCGCAACUUCCCUUCACGACAACGAGUAGCGCUACCAGUAGUGGCCAGUCGGCAUCCGCGAGCGCAUCUGACAGCAGGCUGGAACCUGCUGCUGUGAUUGGAGUUUCGGUUGCUUCUGGAAUAUCGGGAUUCUUUAUUGUUGGUGUUAUCAUAUUCUUCUGUUGUAGGAAGGUAAGGCGUCGGAAACAGGAUGAGAAGGACCACUUUUUCGAGAUCGGAGGAGUCAUGCCAGAGCCUCCGGAUUUCGCAUUCCCACCAAGACGGCCAACUGGGCCUCGUCCUAUGCCCGGCACAACAGAUAGGGAUUCCGAAACCUCUAGACUGAUAACCCCGUUUGAACCGAGAGCUCAGACACCUGCAGUCGUUGUUACGGGCCCUGGUAAUCAUCAUAAUGAUAGUCCCAUGGGGGUGUAUAGUGCCGACAGGAUUGGUUUUGCGUUGACUUCUAAUUCUGAAGCAGAGGGAUCAUUGAGCCAGUCAUCUCCAAGGACGAUCUCAGAUUUACUUCCUGAUAAGCCAACGUUGGGACUUUACCCGGAACCAUUAAGGCUAAGUCGUCAGAAACAGCCCAGACCCCACAGCCAUGCGACUCUAUUCGAAGAGGAUAUGACAAGGCCACGGAGCGCCUUUGGUGCGCCAUACCAGAAUCUAAGUCAGCCGACUUCGUCAAGCCGAGCUCAAGAUAGUUGGCGGUAUAACCGGGCUCCUAUGGCUGGAUUGCCUGCGCAUCCUCGUGCAAUGCUCCACGGUUUUGGGGAAGGCCAGGAUGGAAAACUUGCUAUGAGAGGUCCGAACUACCGAAAGAGACCUACCUAUGCAGAGGGGCAAUCAAAGUUUCAGGCCUCCAAUCACGAUGACACUUAUGAAAGCCUGCUACAAAGCUCUCCGAUCUCGGACGCUGGGGAAUUUGUCGACCGGGACCGGCAGCAGCGCGGUGCGGGACAUGUAAGACUUGUCGGACCGCCCUCGUCGCAGGGUGUUGCAAGUGGUCCGUUCCGUGGCAUGGACAUGAACAGUGGCAUGUUGUUCAACCUUGAUGACAACUUUGAGGACGUCGACAUCAACGGCUCGACGAGCAGAUUGGACCGCGAAUCCCGGCAUUCGGGAAAUCUACGGCCACUCACGCCGGUGCGUGAAAUCAGAACGCCAACGCGAGAAUCUCCUACACCGAACUGGGAGCUUGUCUCGAGUGACCAACCCGGUCUUCCCCGGAUGCCAUUCUCUCGGGCAGUCAGUCCCAGACAAGAAAUUGUCUCUCGCCCGCGGAUUGUACGACGGGACGAUAUCAAACGAGUCCAAAUUCGGCGGAAGCCACAUGCGGGAGGAUUAAGUGCACCUUACUCACCUGAAGACUACUGGCUUGGUCAUGAUCCAGGGCCUGUAUUGGAGACCCAAACACGCAGACAGUCCACCGAUUCUUUGCGCUCCAUUGCGAGCGUGAGGGGCCACAUGCCGAAGAGGAAGCCGGUGCCGUACGAGCGAAAUGUAACCCCAUCCCGCAGCGGGUCAGAUCUAAUACUGCGCGUGGAUUGACGGGGUACGUACCAAUCUACGGGGUAGGGGUGCUCCAUUUCCCGGCCUUGGCUACGAGUGGAACUUUGUCUUCGGUAGACACAUGACAAUACAUAUAUAUAUAUACAUGCUUCUG